AUGGCUACAAGAAAAGCAAUCAUGGCUCCUAAUGGUCUUGGUUCUGGCCUUUGGCGUGUCUCUGCCUCUCUUCUUUUCUUCCUGGCCGCCACAACUGUCUCUGCCACUAGUGUUGAUAAUGGCAAACUACUUACGGUCAAUGGCAUCAACUACUAUAGUGGUGACGCUGUCUCAAAAAUAGACAUCUCUGAUUCUGAUUUGACUCGAUUGGACACAAUCAUUCCCCUGACAGUCAUUCGGAUAAAUGAAGCACUGCUCACCACGAACAUUAUAAAAGAAACCAUUUCAAACUACUCAACCGCCGAUGAUGUUUUCCAGGCCGGAUUUCUUGAAGCGGUUUUCCUUGUCUAUGAUGGACACGGUCGGGGCCAAGUCGAGCCUGCUGUUCAAAAGUCUCUGAAGGGACUUGGAAAUAAAAUGGUGAUGGCCUCUUCCAAAUUUCGAUCUGGAAAUUAUUUUACAUCUGCCAAACUUCGUGAUGACAUACCAAAUGGGCCCUACUUUUACUCGCCGCAGACUGGAGAGAUCUAUCAAGCCUUCCGUCUCUAUUCCGAUCACCAGCUAGCAUUCACUGAAGCUGCUCUCAGCGAUGGCAGCGGAGGAUUUAAGCCCUUGCCAGCAACCUCAUCGGGCGCAAUGACGAAGAGCGUCGCUGUACCAUCUAGGCUAUACUAUACACCGACAUCAACGAAGCCACUUGCAGGGUUACGUGUUGGAGUGAAAGAUAUCUUUGAUAUGAAAGGACUGCAUACUAGUGGUGGCAAUCGGGCCUUUUACGAUUUAUACCCUCCGCGGAAUACCACCGGCCCCGCACUCCAAAGACUCAUAGAUGCGGGAGCUAUCAUUGUAGGGAAAAUGGGUACAGUGCAAUUUGCAAAUGGAGAUAAUCCUACAGCUGAUUGGGUCGACUUCCACUGUCCUUUCAACCCUCGAGGUGAUGGUUACCAAGCUCCCGGUGGUUCAUCUUCAGGGCCUGGUGCUGGUAUCGCGUCCUACGACUGGCUUGACAUUGCCGUGGGAAGUGACACAGGUGGCUCUAUGCGCAGCCCAGGAGGAAUGCAGGGACUCUUUGCCAACCGCCCUUCUACUGGGGCUGUAUCUCUUGACAAUGUCAUUCCACUUUGUCACGUACUCGAUACAGCUGGUGUUUUUGCUCGCGAUGCUGCCACCUGGUCAAAGGUUAUGCAUGCGUGGUACCAGAACUUCACUGACUAUAGAGAGUAUCCGAAAAAGUUGUUCUACCAGAACUCUUCUUUCCCCAAUCCCGACACAGCAUCCGGUGCACUACUCGAGGAAUUAGUUAUAAAAGUGGAAAAUUUCCUAGAUACGAAGAGGGAGUUUAUUGAUAUCGCUUCCCACUGGGAAAAAACCCGGCCUUCCGAGACACCCUCGAAGAUUAAUGACUUACUGAAUACAACCUAUGCUGCGUUGGUAUCUGUCGACCAAUAUCGCUCUCUUGCUUUGCCGUUUUACGCCGACUAUGCAGCAAAGCACGGUGGUCGUCGACCAUUUGUGAACCCAGGUCCCUUAUCUCGAUGGGCUUGGGGUCAAAAUAAUGGCGGUGAUGCGAUAUACGAGGAAGCUUUCAAGAACAAGACGAUUUUCAAAGGCUGGUGGGAAUCAGAUGGAUACGGAAAGGCAGACGAAACGACUUGCUCUGAGGGUAUCUACAUCUAUCCUUACACCAAGGGUCAGACACAGUAUCGGAAUACCUAUUUUGAUGCACCUUCUGCACCUCCAAUGGGCUUUUCGGAUGGUCGAAUGGCCGUCUUGGCCGGUACCCCCGAUCUAGUGGUUCCUGUGGGAGAAGUCCCUUAUUACUCUACCAUUUCGCUCCAAACAGAAUUUAUGCCAGUUACGAUGAGUUUUUUUGCAGCUCGAGGCUGUGAUUUGAUGCUAGUCAACCUCAUCGAGGAUUUGGAAAAGGCGGGGAUCUUAAAGCCCGUGAGCACAGGGUCGAUGAUGUAUCCAUCGUGA